UCACACAAUCUAGAUAGACUAUGGCUUGGUUUUGGCAGUUGUGGCUUUCUCCUCGCCCCCAGCGAUCGGAAAUUGCUUCAGAUUUAACCGUUUAUUCCAAUAACGACGCGGCACUCUUUGAGUUCCUCAUAGAACCUGAUGGCCGAUGGGUUGUAAAGGAAACACACUACAUCAACAACCCUCUGGUCAAAAAUGGACUUUCUGGUCCACCACUGCACAUUCACUGGAAACAGAGUGAAUAUUUUCAAGUCGAACAGGGUGUAAUUGGAAUACAUAAGAAUGGAAAGGAGAUAAGAGCUACAAAGGAUGAUGGCAUUAUCGAGGUGCUCGCUGGUACACGACACAAAUUCUGGUCGCAUGCAUCCAACAAAGAGGAUUUAAUUUUCAAAGUGUGGGCGGAGCCCCAAGGCCUCGAUAACAGCUUCGAUGAACGGUUCAUUCGCAACUUGAUAGGCUACCAGGCAGACUGCUACAAGGCAAAGACGGCUCCUUCUGUGUUCCAACUCGCGCUCAUCUCCUAUGACUGUGCAACUUUGGCCACGCCGCCUUUCUGGAUGCCGUUGUGGCUUCUUGCGUCGGUCCAAUAUGUGCUGGCUUAUUGGGUUGGUGGCUACCUACUCGGGUACAAACCGUCAUACCCUGAGUAUUAUAAAGAGCCGGAAGAUAAGAAGUCGACUUGAAAUGGAGGGGAAAAUACAUGUAGUCG